AUGUGUGAGUAUCAUGGGACUCAUGGCCAUAGGAUCGAAGACUGUCGCCAAUUGAGAGAGGAGGUAGCUUGGUUGUUAAAAAACGGUCACCUUCGUGAAUUCUUGAGUGACCGAGGCAAUGGACACUAUAAAGGCAAGGAAAAUCACAAACAAAUCGAGCCCGUGGAGCCACAACACGUGAUCAAUAUGAUAAUCGGAGGAACGGAUAUGCCACGAGGACCGAUGAUGAAGAGGACAAAGGUUUCAAUUGUUCGAGAGAAGCGGACCAGGGAUUAUGUGCCCGAAGGAUCUAUUUCCUUCAACGAUGAGGAUGCAGAAGGUAGUUCGGCCAAUAUUAUCCGAUGGAGAGUGGUAGAACAACUGGGGCUUUUGGACCAAAUUGUUCCGAUAGCUCGGGUUCUCAGUGGAUUCAAUAUGGCAAGCGAAACUACUAAGGGAGAAAUCUUUUUGCCAGUCAAUAUCGCCGGGACUCUUCAGCAAAUAAUGUUUUAUGUCAUCGAGGGUGAGAUGAAGUAUAAUGUGUUGCUUGGCAGACCGUGGAUUCAUAGCAUGAGGGAAGUACCCUCGACAUUGCAUCAAAUGUUAAAAUUUCCGACCUCAGAAGGGAUAAAAACGGUCUGUGGUGAACAACCCAUGGCAAGGGAGAUUUUCGCGAUCGAAGAAGCACCCUUCAUUCAGAAGGAAUCGGUCCAAAAAGCCGUUGAAUCAACCAAAGGCAAAGAUACUAAAUAG